ACUCUCUGGGGCAAUUUGAGCACUUUUUCCUAUCAGUAAAACGAAAACAACUGCUUCAAAUAACAUAAAUUUUGUGCUAAAUAUUAAGUUGCAAAAUAAAUCAGACACCGGCACAACAUUGACCAGAACCAUUACGGCGCUUAUUGGUUACGUAUAAAUCAUCACGGUAAAACAGCAAAGGCAAGCACGCAGAGACUGAGGAUGUCCACUCCUUUCAUCAUGUCAUAGAUGGCACAAGAGGCUGAUUAAUUUACAUUUGGAGCUACCGCUGGUUCAACAGAACAAGGAAAAGCACUGCUCUCUUUAAACAUCAGGGCAUAAUAUUACAACGGACGCGAAAUAUCUGUCAAAGAGUCAAGAUGGGAGAAAAGCUAUUAAACGAGUAUUUAAAUGCGGUGUAUGAAGCGGCUGAAAACGACCAGGGCGAGACCCUGGCCCAACUGAUCUCGCUGCAGAACUUGAGAUGGUUUGUCCGCUCCAGGGCGGCGAUCAACGAAGGCGCUAUAGACUCAUACCUAUCGCAGCCAUUAAGCGAAAUUGUGUUGAGCCAUAUGCAGGCGGCCAACAGCAUCCACGACAACGACUGGCUGAAGGCGUUCGAGCACCAAUGCGGCGUGGUCGCCGCCAUCACCAAGUGGCUGCAGCUGCAGAAGGACGAAAACUGGAGUCUGCCGGUGAUGCACACAGCGUGCGUCGAGCUGCGGCUGCUCGCCUUGCAGGCUGAGAGGAUACAGAAGAAGUCUCACUCGGUGUCGCACGUCGAGUGCCUGGAGAAGGCCGCCGAGAGUCUGAUGGGCUGCUUCCGCAUCUGCGCUUCAGACAACAGGUCAUCCGAGGAGAUGACCAAGCGCUGGGGCAUGCUGGCGCUCAUCAAUCAACUCUUCAAAGUGUACUUCCGCAUCAAUAAGCUGAACUUGUGUAAACCACUCAUCAGGGCCAUAGAAGGCUCACCUUUCAAGGAGGACUUCAGCUUGAGCCAGCAGGUCACCUUCCGUUACUACACUGGUAGGAAGGCAAUGUUCGACAGUGAGUUUCGGCAAGCAGAGGCUUACCUCGAGUACUCGUUCCAGCACUGCCAUGUGCAGAGCCGAAAGAACAAGCGCCGCAUCCUCAUCUAUCUGAUUCCGGUGAAGAUGCUGCUGGGAUACAUGCCGAAGAGGGCGCUGCUCGAAAAGUACGACCUGAUGGCCUUCUGGCCCGCUGCCCAGGCCAUUCGCGAGGGUAACUCAAACGGCCUGAGCCGAGCCAUUGAGAAGAACGAGGCGUUCUUCAUCAAGAACGGAGUCUACAUCAUGCUCGAGAAGCUGCGCAUGAUCGCCUUCAGGAAUUUGUUCAAGAAAGUGUACCACAUUUUGAACACGCACCAGAUAGACAUUCAGGCAUUGAACGUGGCUCUCAAGUGUUCUGGCGUCACAGACGCCGACGUGGACGAAACACAGUGUUUGGUGGCCAAUUUGAUCAAUGACAACAAAAUCAAAGGAUACAUUUCCCACCAGCACAACAAACUGGUUGUCAGCAAGCAAAACCCGUUUCCUGCCUUGCACACUGUCGCAUAAAUAUAAAAUUUGUGUUAAAAUAUAUUUCUUAAAAUGGUACAAAA